AUGUACAGCAACAGUGCGUUGUACAGCAUGCUGGAGCGGCGGUUUUUGGCGGCACUGAGUGGUGAGGAGGAGGUGUCGGCGAGCUCGAGUGAUUCGAAUAUUCUUCUAGGUAGGUGGAGGUGGAAUUACUAAAAAAUUGGUGAAAAAAUGCAUUUACUGGCUUGAAAUAACUGUCAGCUUGCUGAAUAUUGAUUUUUCAAUAUUUGUUCCGUCUUAAAUUUUUAUUAUUUCCCCUAAAAUGCGCUGAUUUCCUUACUAUCUUGGCUAUUUUCCCCAAAAAAAUAAAAAAACUAGAUCAUUUCCAAGUUUCUACCGUAAUAUCAGUCUGUCGGAAAAAUAACGGCGGAUUGUCGCGCCUCGGAAUCGCCCAUCAUCGCUUAGCGACUUCAAGCCGCGGCUGGGAAUUUGGUGCGCGAUAUCGGCGAAGCGAGACAUUUUGAUGCGACGAUCCGCCGUUAUUUUCCCGACAGACUGAUACUAUCAUAAUAUUCCAUUCCCAGUCUGAUGUAGGCCACUACAAAUGAAAACCCACUCCCUGAUAUUGAUUAUGCAUUCGUAAAUAACUAUUUUUUGCAUACACCCACAAGUUUCAUCGCAAUUUCGAAGUUUAGCCAGAGUUUUGUCGAACAUUGCGCUACAGUAGGCUGUUGUUUAUUUUGGACAAUGUUUAUCAGGUCCUGUAAUGUGCCAUGAAAAUUUUAUUUGGUUUUGCACAGUGCAGUUUCGAAAAUGAGCAAUUAGAUACUAGUCGCGGAAAAAAGUCCUGGGAAUUUCUCGCGGCCGUCGCGCUCCGAAAAGUUGAUUUGUCGCUGCGAAACGCGGGAAUCGCGCGCGACAAUAAGGCAAAAUCAACAAAAUUGCACUGUGCAAAAGCACUUUUCGGGUUCAUGCACAGUGCAGAGUCGCAGAAAAUUCCCAGGACCUUUUUCCGCGACUAGUAGUAAUACUCUAAUAAAUUUUGAUUUCUUGAGUCUUCAUACGACAUGUGGAGGACACUCUUUAAUCCUCAUAUCCUAAUAUAGCCAAUUUUUCCUUGUAGGGCGAAAAAAACUGUAUUUCUUUUAUUGCACUGUGCAGUUUUUGAAUUUGCUAUUGCACUGUGCAAAGCAUCUUCAAACUUCAAAAUUUCGCUUUCAUCAAUUUUAUGAAACCCCAGUUUUUCAAGAAACCAAAUUUAGGACCCUCAGGGUAUCCCCGCACCGUGCAAACAUCUCUUUUAUUCUCUGCACAGUGCAAUUUUCCCAAUUUUUGUCUGCACAGUGCAAACGUCGCAAAUCGAAAGGUGAAGAAAGCAUUAUGACUUAGUCUAAAGUAUCAUCCGGUAAAAGCACCCUUCCCAUGAUACAAAUUAGUACAGCAAUUAGAGAACUGCGUUAUUGUGACGCUCCGAAUUCUUUUCAUUUCCAACAAAUCUGAUAUCCCCCUUUUUGAGGCGAUUAGAUGGGGAUGGUUAAUCCGGCAAACGCGUGGAAGUUGUACGAAAAAUAUCUUGUUUCAUAAUGCCGAUUACGGGUCUUUUGUGUGGAGAAAACAGUCUUAAAGGGUAUUUCAUCUUUCGCACUGUGCAGUGGAACGUUUUCAGGAAAUUGGUUUUUGCACGGUGCGAUGGACACUUUGUGUCGCGAAGGUAUUUUUACUGCACUGUGCAAUGUUUUCCAAUUUUUGCACAGUGCAGAAAACGAAUUUUUUCGUUCGCACUGUGCAAUAAAUUUGUUUCUAGGUUUUGCACAGUGCAGACAACAAAUUUUUCUUUCGCACUGUGCAAUGACUUUUUUUUAGAUUUUUGCACAGUGCAGACAACAUUUUUUUCCUUUGCACAGUGCGAUAAGAUGUCUUGGCGAUUUUGCACUGUGCGAGGGACUUUUUGUGUCGCAAACAUCUUUUUUCUGCACUGUGCGAUGAUUUCAACUUUUCGCACUGUGCAAUGACUUUUUUUAGAGUUUCGCACUGUGCAGACAACAAUUUUUUUCUUUUGCACUGUGCGAUAAGAUGUCUUGGCGAUUUUGCACCGUGCGAUGGACUUUUUGUGUCGCAAACAUCUUUUUUCUGCACUGUGCGAUGAUUUCAACUUUUCGCACUGUGCAAUGACUUUUUUUAGAGUUUGCACAGUGCAGACAACGAAUUUUUUCUUUUGCACAGUGCAAUAAGAUGUCUUGGCGAUUUUGCACUGUGCGAUGGGCUCUUUGUGUCGCAAACAUCUUUUUUCUGCACUGUGCAAUGAUUUUAACUUUGCGCACUGUGCAAUGACUUUUUUCUGCGUUUCGCACCGUGCUGACAACACAUUUUUUCUUUUGCACAGUGCAACCCCCAAAAACAGCCCACUACAGCACACUUGCGUCAAGAAUGGAAUAAAAAUUCCGUCUAUGUCCCUCGAAUGUGUCAUUUCGUUACCGUAGCCCUCCAUGAAGUCAGAUGUUUGUGAGGUAUGAGUCAAUUACUGUGUUAGCUUUUAAUUCUUUCGCAAAAACACACACCCCCACGCCCCCUACUUGGUAUGCCGCUAAUGGAGUAUUCAAUUAAGUCGUUGAGUUUCCGAAUUCGAAUUGAAAUUUUCCUUUUGACUCUUUGACUCGAGAAAAAAAGGGCCCAAAAUGCGUGGGCUGGAUGAGAAGAGAGCGGCCGAAAAAGUUUGCGGCCAAAAAGUUUUCAUCGCUCCCCGAGCAGAUGUGUUUUUUCAAGCGGGAAAGAACGGCUUUCGAAGCCGGAUUUUCGCUAGCCGAUUUUUCGAAAUUAAAAAAAAAUUUUUUUUCAAAAAAAAAUUUUUUUCAAGAUACCAUAAGUAAUACAUAUGUGGGUCAGCAAACAUCCUGAAUAGCCUAAUAAAAGGCUUUUUUUAUCUUGUACCUUCAAAAAAUUGAUUUUUAAUUGAAAAUUUGCACUUUUUCGCGAUUUUUGGCCAAAUUUUGUGCAAUUUUGGUAAAAUACGUGGUUUUCAGGGUCCAUAGCACUUUUAUCGACAACAUUUAGGCUUCGGAUUACGGUAGAUCCUAAAAAAAUUUGGACUUUACCUUGAAUCCUUUAAAAAAAACAAAGAAAAAUUCAAUUUUUUGAUGAUUUUUUGGACUUUCAAAAAAAUAGUUGAUGUUUUGACCUUUAUCUUCUUUCUACUGUAAUUUCCGGUCCCCCAACCAUUCCUAAGCACCUCUUUGUGCGCCAAAACCGAACCAAUUCGACAUUUUCGGAGCAAUUUUUUCAUCCCCCCCUUGAGAUGUCCAUUCUAAUCCCAUGCCCUAAGGCUUCGGAAUGAAGAACGGGGAAUGUUCUGAUAUGGCAGCGCACUUUUAUUUUCCGGUCGGCCACGUCAGUUUUCAUGUUUUAAUUUCUCGCUCUCUCCCCACUAUGAAUAAUAUAAGACGUUCGGAGCGCGUUCGUGGUGUGUACAUGAUUUACAUACGCGCCCUUUUUGAUGUUCUUGUUUGACACUUGACUUCGUUCCGAUGUUCCAUCGCGGCACGUGCUUUUAGGCAAUGAGUUUUUGAGGUUGCACGGUGCAAUUUAAAAUCUAGAGGAUUUUGCACGGUGCGGCGGGAAAAUCUUGAUUUUUCAUAGUCUAAGCGACAAUUUUAAGGAAUGUAAAGUGUCUUAAAAAAUUUUUAUGUCUUUACUUCUAUCGUAGAUUUCAUUUUUUACAGGUUUUUCCAGUGCACUAUGCGAAAAAUAUGUUUUUAUUUUUUGCACGGUGCGGCGGAAAAAUCUUGAUUUUUCAGGAUGCAUGGGACAAUUUUGAAGAAUACAAAGUGUCUAUAAUUUUUUUAAGUGUUCACUUUUACUACAGACAUCAUUUUUUUACGAAAUUUUUUAUUGCACGGUGCGAAAAAUUAUUUUGAAUUUCUUGCACCGUGCGGAGGAAAAAAUGUUGAUUUUUCAUGAUUCAAGCAAAUAUUUUGAGGAAUGUAAAGGGUCUUGAAAAAUCUUUAAGUCUUUACUUCUACCGUAGAUAGCAUUUUUUUGCAAAAUUUUUCCUUGCACUGUGCGAAAAACAUUUUUUAAUUUUUGCACAGUGCAAGAGAAAGUUUUGAAAAUUUUGCACCGUGCGGCGGAAAAAUCUAGAUUUUUCACGAUGCAAGCGACAAUUUUGAGGACUUUGAAUUAUCCUAGACUUUUUUUGAGCUUUUAUUUCUCCCGUAGACACAUUUUUUACAAUUUUUUCCACCGCACGGUGCGAAAAAAUUUCUUAAUUUUUUGCACAGUGCGGAGUUCAAAACUCAAAAUCUUGCACGGUGCAAACAAGCCGAGCAAAAAUUUCGAAAAUUUUUCCAGAACUUUGAACGCUUUGUCCAAUGUUCCUCUGCACGAAGCGACAGUUCUCCCAAUGUGUUCGGAUUUCCCCCGUUUGCGGCCGGAAAGCGGCCCGACGAGCCCCCCAAAAGAAAUUCUCUCUCCAAACGCGGAUUUGGCCCAGUGUUUCUCGGGGCCCGAGGGCGACACACACUGCGGUGUGUGUGUGCUGCGGGACGCCCGGUCUCGAGGCAUAUAAUGUGCUUGCUCGUUUCUUUUUUUCCUUCCGCUGUGAACGCCAAGGGGGGGGGCGAUGGAGCGAGAAUUUGAGAAAAUUUUCUCUUCGUCUCCUGUUUUUCCUCCUUGGCCUUCGGGGCAAGUUCGGACCGAACGUUUCGGGCGGAUGAAAGGAAAAGUUUUUAAUGCGCGGCGUCGAAUUUCGAGGGCUUGACAUUGGAGACGCUGCAACGCGGUUCCGCUCUUCGAAUUCGUUGCAGAACAUGAUGCAAUGUCUCAAGAGGGUCUUCGAGUUAUGUAUUGUGGUCUUUAAGCUUCAAUGAAAUUAGAGAUUUCCAUGAAAUAACAAUUUCGUUUUACAUUAGCCAUAAAUUUGAUGGGGUUCGGAGAUUGCCAAUUUUAAGUGGUUGUUGUUGGUGUAGCUGGCGGGCAAUUGAACCUAGUUAGUUUUUGAAGGCUUGUCAACAUACUAUGAAAGUUUUUUCUGUCUGGAAGAUUUUGUUUUAUCAAAAAAUAAGACUUUAUAUUAUCUUAUCCAUCAAACUAAUGUCCGGCAAAGAUUUGUCGGUUUUGAGGUUUCUUCAUAGAAUGCCCUGCGGGAAAAUAGUUUUGAAAUGUAGCUAAUUCCUCAAUAGUUAUAAUUUUACAAUGAUUUAUUGAAAGUAUUGUACACUUUUUUCAUUUACAGAACUUUUAUCUUACCUUUCCCAUCUAUCUAGCCUCAAUUUAAAUUUUAUUCUUUUUCUAUGACCUGUUACAUCUGUCAUUUCCUCAUACCAUCUCAAAAGCUUGUUUCUGCUCUUAUCUGUCAGCUAAACACUUAGUCAUGUCACAGUUUGGCCAUAUCUUUAUAUUGCGACCCCAUAAAGCCCGGUUAUAACCGGAUGCAAAAACCAGUUGUUUUGGCCCAAAUCGAAUGAAAAUACAAGGGCCGGAAGAGCUCAAGCACCUGGCCAAUUGGUUUUCUAUCCGACUCGUCAUAUGCCCUGAGGGGAAAUAAAAUGUUUUAAGGGAGUUUCCUCUUUUUUUUUUGAUUUUUUUGAGUUUACAGGGGAUUUUUCACUUUUUUCCCUUUGAUAGUAAUCUAAUAAAUGCAGCUGCCUACAGACUGUUUUUUAGGCAUUCAAAACAACAGUUACGCCCUCGCAACCUAUUCAGAUUGAAAAUUCGCAAUAAAUAUCAAAUCAUCGAAAACGUGGGAAUGGGUAAUUGGCAGGAAUGUGUGAAAAUAAAAUAUCAAGUGUUUAGCCAGUCUUCAAGUCUACACUAAAUGUUUUUUGAAUUUUUAAAUGCAUUUGUAAGCAUUUUUGAUUAAUUUGGAGACAUUGCACAGUGCAAUGAUCACUUCAGGCUAUUGCACGGGGCAGAAGCUACAUUUCUUGCGCAGUAUCCGAAGAAAACACUUGAUUACACCUCGCCAAGGAUAUUUUAUCGCAGAGUGCAAGAAUUUGUCGCUUGCGCACAGUGCAAUAUCAGUCUGUCGGGAAAAAAACGGCGGAUCGUCGCAGCGAAAUGUCUCGCCUCGCCGCUAUCGCGCACCAAAUCCCAAGUCGCGGCUUGCAGUCGCAAAGCGAUGAUGAGCGACUCCGAGGCGCGACGAUCCGCCGUUUUUUUCCCGACAGACCGAUAGUCCAAAUUGUUUUUUGCACAGUGCAGCGGGAAGAUUUGGCCGCACAGUGCGGAAGGCUAGAUGUAUCGCACUGUGCGUUUUCUGACAUAGUGUACUGACAUAUAUUUUUACAUCUGCACCGUUUUUACAGUAAAAAACGCUUUCCGCACGGUGCAAUUCUCUUACAAAAGUUCGCACGGUGCAAUAAACCCGACAAACUACUGCACAGUGCAGCCCCAACCCCACAGUUUUUUCGACAUUUUUGGGCUUUCCGUAGGUGUGAGUAUCACAAAUAUAGUUUAUUGACGUCGCUUUGCGUUGUUUCGGUUACGUAUUUGCUCCCACGGGGGCUAAAAUUGUAAAAUUUUCUCAUCGGUUGUAAUUGGAACUCUCUUAAUUGGAAACUGUAAGUUCUCCGCAAAAAGUGUGUUUCUGAAAUUCGAAGAAAGAUAUCGUAGUUUAAUCUUCAUCUACAAAAACGAGUUUACGAAAAAAUCGCCUUGUUUGCCGCUACAAUAAAAUGAUUUUUGCCCUCAGGCGAUGUUUUCAAUUUUUCGACGACAAAUGUCAGCGUUGUUCGUGGCACCAAGUUUUGAUGAUUUCACUCACUUUUUCGCCGCAUUUUGCGACAAAUCCCCUCCUCCGCACUGUGCAAUGACAAAGAAUAUCCUCCGCACAGUGCAGCCUUCUAAUCGUCUUGUCGGCUUGCUCUACCAUCCAAAAAUUUUUACAACUUGCCGCAGACGCCGAAAAUAGAAUUUUUAUUCUUCUUGAGUCCUCGAAAUCGCGAGAUAAACCCGAACUAAUCAUCCGCUAAUUAGCCAAAUGUUCUGCUUCUGGAAUUAUCGGCUCAAGGCGGGCUUAAAUAUCUUGGUAUGGGCAUGCCUGAGAGAUUUGGUGGGCAUAUUUCAUUUUGUGAACAUAGUUGUUAUGCCUUUAGAUAGCUACUAUCGCGCUGGAAACGCUUAGAAAUACUGUUUAAAAUUUUCGGAUUUUUCUGGGUUGAGGCUUUUCAGAGUGAUGUUACAGUACCCGCAGUGACUCUAGGGCUUUAAAUUUUUCACUGAAAUUUCUGCAUAGAGUCUAGUUAGUCGCUAUAUAUCGAUUUUUGACGUCAGCUCCCAACUGCAUAGGAUUAAACGCCAUAAAACCUGCAAUCUUUUUGUUUUCAACUUUUUGUAGGUCUUCACAUUGCACAGUGCAAAAAUAGUACUUCCACUCGCUGUAAUUCUUCAAAAUUUCGAGUGUAGAACUGCCAUAGUAUCUACUUUUAGAUACCACAAUUGAUUUUUAAUUUUGUCCCCUCAGGGCAUGAAAAAUGAGCGACCUAGGAAAAGUCAUCGGUUUUCGCCCAAAUUUUUUUCUUUUUAAUUUCCAAUUGUCGCGCUGUUAUAAACACCCAAAAUCCGCCGUUAGCAAUGACGCUAGGCAACCCUAAUUCCCCCCAAUUACCUCCAACUCCCCAUGCACACGCCACCACACAUAUUAAACUACCUCUUUGCCCCCAUCUACCGGUCGCAUUUCCGCUCUCAAUUAUCAUUUUUUUUCGGCCCACGCUCCUGACGUCGACCUCACGCUCGAUUUGAAAUUCCCUCUCAACGAAUUUCGGAAGCCCCAAAACUUUCAUCCUCGAAUUUUAAUAUUCCUUUGCUUCCGUGGACUGGGAGGGAUACGCCGCGUUUUGGGCUUAAAAAUAAGGAAGUGAAAAUGAGCCGGACUUUUUUUUUAAUCGCACUGUCUGGAAUGUGUUUGGGGAGAAAAUUUGAAAAGAGAAUUUCAUUUUCUGUUGUUGGAAAUUUUGCACAGUGCGGUGGGUUUUGAAGAUUUUUGGAUUUGCACUGUGCAAUUGAAUUUUUUUUGACUGCACAGUGCAGUAGAAUUUCUUGCACUGUGCAGUUGAUUUUUUUGACUGCACAGUGCGAACUUUUCCGAAUUUUUUUGCACAGUGCGACAAACUCAACUAUUGCACAGUGCAAUAAAUUUUUUUGCACAGUGCAAAAAAACAAAGUUGAAAACUGCACAGUGCAGUAAAUUUUCUUGCACUGUGCAGUUGAUUUUUUUUGACUGCACAGUGCAUUAAGAUUUUUGUCGCGCGAUGCGAACAUUUUUUUUUUGCACUGUGCGGUAAAAAAUGAUUUUCUGCACGGUGCAGUCAAACUGCUUCGACUGCACAGUGCGGUAAAUUUCUUUGGCACAGUGCGAACUUUUCCGAAAUUUUUCGCACAGUGCGGUAAAAAAUGAUUUUCUGCACCGUGCGAAAAUAAAAAAAAAAUUUUCGCCCUGUACUCCAGCUCCCAGAACGCUUUCCCAACCCUCCCAAAAUAGCAAAUGCAUACCAAAUAAGAAGCGAUGAAUAUCCCGUCUAAAUUUGCAUAUUCCAUUCGAAUUCUCGAUUUGCAUGACGCCAAAAGGUGUCAAUUUUCUUUGCGUCGGGGGUCGGAUUACAUUUAUCGGGAAACUCGCUUGUUUUUGUACCAUAAAGAGAAGAAAGAAAAGGACGGGGGCGUCGAAAAUUCAUUCUAUUUUGGUGAAGAAUCUUUUGGUCAAGGGGCACUCCUUGAUUUCCAUAUUAAGAAUACGAUUUCUCCGCUAUCUGAGCGGUCUUUUAUUUCUUUUACAACCGUGUUAUCAGACCAGGACGUUUGCCUACACUCAAAUUCAUAUCAAUUUAGACCUCAGACCAGAGGAAAUUAAAGGUUUUAUUGAUAAAAUUUUUUGAUUUUUUGCACUGUGCAAAAUUUUUUUGAUUGCACUGUGCAAAAAAUUUUUUUACUGCACAGUGCAAUUUUUUUCACUGCACUGUGCAAAAAAUUUUUCUAACCGCACCGUGCAAAAUUCUUUCUCACUGCACUGUGCGAGAAAUUUUUUGAAUGCACGGUGCAAAAAAUUUUUGGCUGCACUGUGCAAAAAAUUUUUUUCUGCACUGUGCGAAACUUUUUUUGAGAUUGCACCGUGCAAAAUUUUUUUUAUUGCACUGUGCAAAAUUCUUUCUCACUGCACUGUGCGAAAAAUUUUUUGAAUGCACCGUGCAAAAUAUUUUCGUAUUGCACUGUGCAAAAUUUUUUUUUGCUGCACGGUGCAAAAAAAUUUCGACUGCACUGUGCAAAAAAACUUUUUAACCGCACUGUGCAAAAUCCUUGAAAAAUUUGCCAUUUUGAACACCAAAAAUUUUUCUCAUCCACUUUUUUGUGUCUAGACGUUCAAACAUUUCAAUCUUUCUACUUUAUUUUACCAUUUCUCCCAACUUUUUUUGCAGUGGGCAGACUGUUUAUAAAACCGUUGACUCAUAGUGUCUCAAAUUUGUUUGAUUUGCAAAGGAAAUAUGUUGGCGUGGGGGCUUUUUAUUGUGCGGGUUCGACGUUCUCCUUAGGCCGGUCGGAUUUGUAGUUUAAGGCGCUGAAGUGAGGUGGUGUAAAUUUCGAUAUUUGAUAUGAAUUUGGUCUAAAAAUAGGCUGAGUGCUGGUUGCAAAUUGUGUGGGAAGCUUUUAGAGACUGUUUACAGUAGCUUCUUUCUUUUCUUACAGUUUAAUUUUUAGUUUUUUACCAAAAUUUAUAUUGUACUAGACAUCAGCUCACAAAAAUGCCUAUUUUACCUAUUUUUCGAUCAAAUUCGUAGAUUUUUUGAUUUCCUAGACGUCAAGUAGGAUAGUAAGUUGCAUUUUGAAUAGGAAGAAUUGAGUUUUCAUCUGAAUUUUACAGCAUACUAACUAUUUUUUAACUUUGAUGACUUUUCAAAAUUAUGGUCUAAAAAUGCGAAUGCCGUAAAAAAUGAUGUCUAAAAUAAUAUUUACAGCCCAUGUUGUGUCUCUAGCUCGUGGAUUUUCUAUUCUGUAACGAAUUUACUUUUGGUUACAAACGUUUUUUUUACAUUUUUUUUUGAGAUUUUUCGAAGUUUUUCAAACUUUUUUUCUGUCGGGAAAAUAACGAGCACAAUGUCGCUGCGCAAAUCUUGUCGCUGAAGUGAAAAGCAAUUUGAUUUUUUUGCGAUACAAUUCAUUCUUUGCGAUUUUCGAUCUGGCUGAAUGCUCAUUAUUUUCCCGACAAACCGAUAUCUUGUGAUUUCUGGAGAAAACUUGCCUAGCCUCUUCUAUUCCACACUCUAAGACAACUCCAGCUCUUGAGACUCUUGCCAAAUUCUCACCUCAACCCCUUCUACCCUUGCAUUUUUUCUCGGCGGGAGCUCAAUCCCCCCUCCCUUCCUUGCUUCGGCCGGUCUCAUUUUUUUCGAAUUUUUGCCUCUUUUACCGGCCCUGUUUGUUCACGUUUCGGAAUUAAACAGGGGAGUGGUGGAAGAAGAAGAAGAAUGCGACACCGAGUACUCAUGAGGGUUAAUGGUCUUUCUGUCCGCCUCUUCGUCUUCGUCGCGACCCGCUCUCCGCUCGCUCCACCCGUCACUUUGUGGCCGCAAAAAACAAAGGACGAACUCGCGGCUGAUAUCAUGCGCUAAUCGCGACCGAGUUUCCGGGAUUUCUGGGAUGUUUUUGUGGCUUAUUGUUUGACUAGCGACCUGUAGUGGAGAUUAGGAUUGGGAUUUUUUGGGGGAGUUCUUGCAAAGGGAUGUGAUGAGUCAUGUUGGAGAUGAAUUUUUAGGAUGUCAGAUAAGCGAUAAGCUUUUGUUUUUUCCAUUUCGUAACAGGUUGGGGACACUCUUUUCUUCACUGUACACGAUGUUAUCUAGUCUUGCUUUUCUAGGACACAUUUUAUACGAAAAAGAAAAAAUCAUACUUUUUCGGCUUUCAAAAGUUUUUAUCGUAUAAAAUGUCCCCCUUAUCAGGAUGGUUUAGAUGUUUAUUUUUUAUGAGUUCUCUGGCUCACCAUCUAUUUCCAAAAACAAAAUUUUUCCUCAAUUUUCCUUAAGGAUCUUCAAUAAGUGACAUUUUAUACGAUGUCUCCGAGAGAUCCAAACUUUUGCUUCUUUUCAAUUUUUAUCGUAUAAAAUGCCACCGUCUGCAGAAUUGUCUAGGUAUUUUUGCUUUUUGCAUUCUCAGACUCACCAUCUUUCUCAAAAAACAAUUUUUUCCUUCAUCCUGCCUUAGGGCUCUUCGAAAUGUGACAUUUUAUACGAUGCCUCCAAAAAUCCCAACGUUUACUUCUUUUCCAUUUUCAUCGUAUAAAAUGUCACUUAUGUUGGAUUUUUAAAAACACUACACCGACCUGACUUCAAUACCCUCUCCAACGCAUAAUUUAUUCCAUUCAAAUACAUGAGUAUCUUGCACUUUUCGUCAUCUUCCCAUCAAAGUUCCCAUGAAGCCCCCGUUUACCGUACGACCCGGCUUGAAUAAACUUAAUUACCUGCCGCGUAAUAAGCACACAAGCCCAAACGUUCGUUCGGAUGUGUUAGCAGUCGCCGUGGGCGCACUAAUACACAUUUUAAUUUCGUUUUCGGUUUCCUUGAGGGGCUUCGCUUGACUUUACUCGGAACCGCGGGCCCUCGGACUUGCGAAACGCCCUGAGACGGAAUUAAACUCGGCCCCAAGUGUGUUGGUGUAAUUGCAUUGUAGCAUGGUGUUGCUUUUUAUGGGCCUUGACGAGUAUUUUGAGUGCUUCUUGAAGCCGUUUACGGGCCGGUUUGGGGGCUAAAAUAAGGUGCAGAUAAAAGGGUUCGUAUCAAAAAGUUGGUACUACAUACUAUGUAAAUUGUAUUCGUAUCUGAAAGAAAACGUCAUGGGUUCGCUGUAAAGAGGAUUUUUUUCUUGUACAAGCUCGGUUAUCCUGUCAUACAUCAGUAUAUUCACCAUGGCCUUUAGUCUUGAAGGCUUUUGAAAAAUGGCUUAUAGUAAAAUUUGGGAGAUGUGUCCUGAAACGUUAUGGCUUUUCUAAGAUUUUACAGAGCUCAGAGUUCUUGUGUUACUAUAUUGCAUCGUCUUGCCUGAGGCAAUUUUUUCAAAAAUCACUUUUUUCAAGAACCGUCUUUUCUCGUUGAAAUUUCUAAAUGUCGUAUUAAAAUCGUAUUUUAGAACGCUAUAGAGGGUUACGUCAUGGCUUAAAAUUAACUAUGAAUCUUUUGCUAUCUUCUGCUAUCAUUUAAUCCAUCAAAACCCUUCAAUUUUUUCCAUAAAUCGCCAUUUUCCCCAGCUUCUUCUGUUCGCGUACUUCAAUAUCCCCAACCCCCAACUGACCUUUUCCCCUACACUUCAGGCGCGUCGGAGGAGCGAUUCCCGACGGUGAAUGACCUGCAGCGUCUCCUGAUGAUGAGUCCCACGCUGGCCCAUCAACGCAAACCCGCCACGAUGCUGGACAAACUGCCCAAGAUCGAAGCGCCCUCGCCCACCGGCAAGAAGUCGUGCGAGACGCUGAAGACGCCGGACGGGCGCCGCAUCACCCUGAAAAACAACCAGCAGAUGAGUUGUUUGCGGCUGGUGGAGCCGAAUGACUUCCUGAAGACGCCGACGUCGGCGCGCACGCCCACCAUCCAGUCGCCGCUGAAGACGGCCGCGUCGCUGGUGCACGCGGACGACUUGAACACGCCGAGUUUGUGUUUGAGCAGCGCCACGCCGAAGAACGCGGUGCAGGCGUUCUUCGGCGACCACGAGCCCUUGCUGACGGGUAAGGGCGAAGCGAGGAGGUUGCACGAAAUUUGCUUACUUUGAAAUUUGAAUUUUUUUUUGCAAAAAUUUGCAUAAUUUUUUUUUAAAAAAAAGUUUGAAUUUUCAAAUUUUCACUGGGAAAACGAUAAAAAAUGUGUCAAAAUUUAUUUUUAAAAUACGUAGUGCGUAUUUUGUACGAAAUUAUUACCAAAAAUUUGCAUAUUCAAAAGAUUUGAAUAUUCAAAUUUUUUAAAAAUUAUUCAAAUUUAAAAAAAUAUCUCUUCAAAUCAAUCAAAAAACAUAAAAUUAAAAAAAAGUAUUUUUUAAAAAUUUGCAUAAACCAAAAAAAGUACAGAAUAAUGAUUUUCCGCUUUUAGCGAAUAUCGAAAUUUCCACAGUGGUGUCGCAAUCAACGACAACUGCUCAAAGUACGUAAAUGAUUAGUCGACGUUCUUGUCUGUGCUGUGAAUCUUUCUAGGCCAUUUACCAUGUUAUUUUGCCAAAAUUACUCUGGGUUUUUUCGGAAAUUUGCAAUUUUUCGGCAGUAAAUUGGUGACGGCUUCUUUUAGUGUUAGAAAACUGUAGUCUGUGUAAACUAUAUGAACCUGAGAAGACUUGUAGAGCAAUUUUGACUUGUUUUCAGCCUCGACAGCGCAAUCUACAGCAAGCGAAGCCACCUCGACCAAUGCCGACCCGUCCGUCAAUCAGGCCAAGGACCACAAAACGAACACCACUUUCACCAUCAAAGGAAGCAUCAGCACGUCGCCCGGACUGAGUGCAACUCUUUUCCAAUUCUCUCCCAUCGUUGAACACUUUCUACAUUCCUUCAAAACCCCCAACCUCCUCAAUAUGGACGCAAAAACUGAAAAUGAGCUUGAUAAAGUGAGUCAAACUAGUUUUUACCAACAUAAUUUUGUAUACAAAGGAGCAUUGACCUUAUUGAAACGUAGCAUUGUUAUUUCCGGCCAUUUCGUAUUCCGCACGGUGCAAAAAUUUGAAAAAGAGUGACCGCACUGUGCGAAAAUAAAAAAUUUCCGAUUGCACAGUGCAGAGAUGAAAAUUUCGGAAUUUUUUGGUGUCACAUGUGUAAAUUACACCUAUGCGUUCAUUGCGGUAUCAUUUUUGGCCAUUUUGUAUUAUGCACGGUGCAAAAAUUUGAAAAAAAUGGCUGCACAGUGCGAAAAUAAAAAAGUUCUGACUGCACAGUGCAGAGAUGAAAUUUUUGAUAUUUUUGGCAUUGACUAUGUUUAUUACACCUCAGCGUUUAUUAGGGCACCAUCUUUGGCCAUUUUGUACUACGCACGGUGCAAAAAUUUGAAAAAGAUUGACCGCACUGUGCGAAAAUAAAAAAUUCCCGAUUGCACAGUGCAGAGAUGAAAUUUUUGAAAAUUUUUGCAACGCAUAUGUAAAUUACAAACAUUUUACUGUCAAAUUUAUAUACUACUCACGUUUCUGCACAUCGCAAUAAUCUCAAUUUUCUCACCGCACAGUGCAAUUUCCAUCUUCCAAGUUUCUGCACAGUGCAAUGCGAAAAAAUUAUUUUUAUCGCUUGCAAAGAUUGUAAAAUCAAUUUUUCAGGAGAAAAAAUCGCAUGAAUCCGGCGAUUACAUGGGGCAGAAAUGCCAGAGCGGCAAAUGCUCAACCUCUUCGGAGCCCAGUUUCAGCACCCAUCAGAUGAAUUACACUCACAUUAAGGAAGAGCCCAACACUCAUACGCAAUUGGGACUGCCUGUCGGAUAUCAGGUAGGUUACUUUUGGGCGAUUUUUUGGUCGAAUUUUUUUUUCGAUUUUUGAAAUUUUUUUUUUUUUUUUUUUUUUUUUCUAAAUUCUCGAAAGGACAAUGAAAGGAUGCAGGCAAUUUUCCGAACGUAUUUUACCCAAAUUUGUAACAGGAAAUCCCUCUUUUUCAAUGAAAAAUUCAAAAAAUUUUGUUUCAGAUCCACCAAAGCUUCAGCUGCUCAGUGGUCCCCUUCCCCGACAACCCUCAACUCCCUCGCACCUCACUGGAAGCCCAAUCCUUUACGAAUAUCACUCCUUCCGCCUCCAACGCGCCCUCCGCCGCACCCUCUCGACCCGCCUCCACGAUGAACAUGGCGGGCGGAUUUCAGCCGAAGCUCGAGCCAAUGGACGACUACUACCCCAUGUCGCAGUACCCCGGCCCCAGCAUGUUCAGCGAGGAGUACUACGAGAAUGUGGGGAUGCCGCUGCAGGACAGUCAUUCGCCCUCCGGCAACUCGCCGGUCCAGUCGACACGGCGACGGAUGAGCAAUCGGCCGUCCAAAACCCCGUUGCAGGAUCGACCCCACAAGUGUCCGAAACCGGACUGUGAUCGGCGGUUUAGUCGGUCGGAUGAGUUGACAAGACAUAUUCGGAUACACACUGGUCAGAAACCCUUCCAGGUAAAAUUUUUAUUUUUUUACAAAAUUAAAAAAAAAAAAAAAAAAAAUUUUUAUUUUUCAUCACGUGCUUGAAAAAGACGUAUUUUACCCAACUUUUAAAUACAUCCAAGCCUUAAAAAUUCGUAUUUUACAAUGCAAUUUUCUCCGCACAGUGCAAAAAAAUUUUUUUUGAAAAAACAAAACCCGCACAGUGCGAAAUCUUUAGAUCAUUGAAACAUUGGAUUUUCAGCGACAUCAUCAAGUUUGAAAAAUUUCUUUAUAACUGUUAUCGUUUCUUUUUGCAAUCCGUAUUUUACAAACCCUCAAAAAUGUAAAACUUUUUCGCACAGUGCAUAAUUUGACUCUUCUAUUUUUCGCACCGUGCAAAAAAUUUUUUUGUUUUUUCUCGUGGUUUUGGAAAUUUAUACACGGAUGAUACAUCUUACUAUCUUAGACUGUCAAUUUCCAACGCAUUGCUUUCAAUUUUUAUGCCAAGAGUUUUGUACAGUGCGAGAUUUUUUAAUUUCUUAUUUUUGCACAGUGCAAUGCAAAUUUUGAACAAUUUUUUGGCGCAGUUCGAAAAAAUGCUACAUUUUUUGGUCAUUUAUGCCCUAAGGCAGACAAAAUAAACCUAGAACAUCCAAAAAAAAGGUCAAAUUUAUAGGAAACUACUGUAUUUUUUGAUUUUUAUUUUUCGCACAGUGCAGAAAUUUUCGAAAAAAACUGCCUAAAUUUCCUAUCCAAAAAAAAUUUUUUGACCCCCCAGAUUGUACUACAUCAUUUUUACACUUAAUAUUUUUAGUGUCGAAUCUGUUCCCGCUCGUUUUCGCGGUCCGACCAUCUCACAACGCACGUCCGAACCCACACCGGAGAAAAGCCCUUCACCUGCGACGUUUGUGGGCGCAAAUUCGCGCGCUCCGACGAACGGAAACGCCAUGCCAAGGUGCAUUCGAAGCAGAAGAAUGGCCGGAGGCAGUCGAUCUCGUCGGUGGGAAGUGGGUCCAGUCUGUCCAAUCUGCCAGGUAUGAAUGCUUCCAGCAUCUUCGAGGAGGCGCUGUCUGCUCUGUAGAUUCUUUUUGUUGUAAAAAUCUUGACUCAAUUCUGACUACUUCUUACCGGUUAUUUCGAAAUUUUGUCUUUGAAGAGUUUGAUUUUUUAUUUUAUGAAAUUCCUGUCAAUGCACAGUGCAGUAUUGAGAAAAUUUUUGCACAGUGCGAAAGGAAAAAAAUUAUUGCACAGUGCGGCGUGAAAAAGUUUGUCGCACUUUUUCUGCACUGUGCAAUUUGUCGCACUUUUUUUUGCACUGUGCAGUUUGUCGCAUCUUGGGUUGCACUGUGCAAUUUGUCGCACUUUUUUUGCACUGUGCAGUUUGUCGCAUUUUGGGUUGCACUGUGCAAUUUAUCGCUUCUUUCGCACAGUGCGAUCUUUUUUGGACCGCACUGUGCAAUAAUUUUUUUAGACCGCACUGUGCAUUAUUUUUUGGACCGCACUGUGCAAUAUUUUCUGGACUGCACUGUGCAAUGAUUUUCUUGGACCGCACUGUGCAAAACUCAAAAAUCAUUAAAUUUUUCAACGAAACAUGGAUUUUUAAUAAAAUUUUUUUCUAAAUAUUGCAUUUACUAGUCUUUUUCUAAAUUCUGAACGCACUGUUUGCUUUAAUUUUACUAGAAAUCUUACUGUAAUUUUGGAUUUUUCCUACUGUAAAAUUUUAAAAUUUUUUCCUUUCUAAUAUUGUAAAUCACUACCUUAUCUAGUCCUAACUUGUUCGAAAAUGAUUUUUUCCGUCUCUAGGGCUUGUUCUGUCCCGACUUUUUUGUGGAAUUUCGACUAACCACUGACUGUUUCUGUGUUUUUUAAGGUUUCGAACAAUAA